AUGGCGUACCAAGUACCACCAUUUGACGAUGGCAAGGACAAGUGGACGUCGUACGUCAUUCGCAUCGAGUCCUACUUCGAAGGGAACAACAUCACGGAAGACGCACAGAAGAGAGCGCUUCUUGUCUCGGCUCUCGGAUCACGGUCCAUUGACGUCCUCAGUGGGCGGUGCGCUCCUCGUAAGGUGAACCAGCUCACCUACAAGGAAGCGGUGGAAAUUUUGCAAAGCUUCUAUGAUCCCCAGCCGAACGAAAUUGCAGAGAGCUUCAGAUUAUUCACUCGUGUCCAAAAUGAAGACGAAUCUGCCCAGCAGUUUAUCGUCGAGCUCCGUCGACUUGCCGACAAGUGCAACUUUGGCGACAUGUUGGACCGAAUGCUGCGGGACAAGAUUGUAUGCGGAAUCCGAAGCACAGAGCUACAGAAAGCACUACUUUGUCGUUCAAGAUUGACCUUGAAGGAAGCCGAGAGCAUGGUGCUCGCAUCAGAGGCGGCGGGUCAAGGCAUCAGGCUUAUGAAGAACGUCGACGUGAAGACUGAACCAGAACUACAUAGGUUGGCUGACAGGCGGCCAAUACGAUGCACAAGCAAGCAAGAAAGCAAAGAGUGCGGAAGGUGUGGAAACAAAACCCACUCGGAUCAAGCUUGCCCGUACAAAAAUGCCAAGUGCUUCAAGUGCGGUAAAAAGGGGCAUAUAUCCGUAGCGUGCAGGGCAAGUGCCAGGAGACAGAGCACUUUUGCGUUAACCGGAAGCCCCGAAGGAAACGAGGCGGGUACUGCUCAGCUGUUCACAAUCAGCGAAAGUCAAGCGUCGGUGCCGGACAACGAAAUCAUCUGUCCUGUACGACGUAAGUUUCGCUGCGGAGGCGUUGACCUAAUUAUGGAAAUUGACACCGGGUCGCCGGUAUGCGUAAUACCCUGGGACGUGUACAACAGGCACCGCGAACAGUGGCCCAAAAUCAAGAAGACAGACUUGAAGUUGUCCUGCUACCUGGGACCGCUGCCUAUCGCUGGUAAGCUCACGCUGCCAAUUUCCGACGAGGGCAAGACACUGACUGCCUCCAUGACCGUAGUUCGUCAUUCAGGGCCUUGUUUAUGUGGUCGCGACCUUAUUCGAGCCCUGAACAACCUGGGUGCUCCUGUUCUAAGCCUGAGCAGUGCCAGCAGACGAGAUGACAAAGAGCUGGAAGCAAUUUUGUCUGAGUAUGAAGACGUCUUUGAGCAAGAACUGGGCCUGUUCAAGGUUCCGCCUGUUCACCUCUACGUGAAAGGAGAAGCAGUUCCAAAAUUUUUCAAGGCGAGACAUCUGUCGUAUGCAUUGCGAGACAAGGUUACGGAAGAGCUGGAAAGGCUAGUGAAGUCUGGCGUGCUUUCUCCUGUCGCUCACUCUGAAUGGGCUACGCCAAUUGUGCCGGUGCUGAAGAAAGACGGAUCUGUCAGGAUCUGCGGCGACUACAAGGUCCCCGUAAAUGCAGCAUGCGUCACUGAACACUAUCCGCUUCCAGUGAUGACAUUUUUGCAGCACUGCACAAGGGAGACGUCUAUAGCACCUUAG